UGUUUGUGUGUGGUUUGUGUGUGCACGUCAAACCUCGAUUAUUUAUAGCAUAUACCGGGUAAUUGUGUUGAAAUAGUGAGAGUGAACGACACAUUGGACGUGAUGACUAUGGCUGAUUAAUAUCCAAGGUCUAUGAUGGGUGAACCUAACAUGGUGGAGACUACGAAAUGUCAGACUAAUCAAUCGACGGCAGCGGAGCAUUGGAGAAUGAAACACAAUAUGGCUGCAUCAUUGAGUCCCCAAGAAGAGCAGCUUGUAAAGGAAUUCAUGGCUAGAGUGAACGACCAACGCCUCAGUCGCAAUGCCGGACCUCUUUCGUGGAAUACUGCCGUGAAAUUCAUGAUGGCACGUAAAUUCGACACUCAUCGUGCCGUUGCGCUCUAUGAAUCACACGAGAUGGUCCGUCACAGAGAAGGACUGGCAACAUUUGAUCCGACAAAGGACCCCUUGAAGUGUGAGCUUGAGACGGGGAAGUUUACUGUUCUGCCUGCAAGAGAUAGCACGGGAGCAGCAAUCACCAUGUUCACUGCAAAUAAGCAUUGGCCACUUGAAAGUUCACACCAAGUCACACUUCAAGGUGUUGUCUACCAGCUUGAUGUCGCUCUCGAAAGCCUCGAAAGUCAAAGGUGUGGUAUCGUCUUCAUAUACAACAUGACUGGCUCCAAGUACCAGAAUUUUGACUAUGAGCUGAGCCAGAAAAUACUGAGCCUCCUCAAGGGUGCCUAUCCUGCGAGGCUGAAGAAAGUGCUGAUUGUCAGUGCUCCUUUAUGGUUCAAGGCUCCGUUCAAGAUUCUGCGACUUUUUGUCAGAGAAAAGUUACGCGAUAGGGUGAUAACAGUAGGACUCGACCAGAUAGGGCUACAUAUUCCGUACAGUGCUCUUCCCAGGGAGCUUGGGGGGAACUUGUCCCUCAACCACAAAGCAUGGCUGCUCCACUGUCUCAAGUCCGUGACCAAUAGGUUUGAGGCCUCAGAAGACCAUGCAGUCUUGACACCAUCACCUGAACAUGUGGUGUACUCGCACACAGUCGCGAGCGAUGAGGCAGAAACGACUGAGAACGAGGAGGACGUCUCAGUAGCAACCGUGGCGCUGGAAGAGGUGCGGAGUUCAGUUUACGAGAAGCAGAAUGGCGAGGAACGGGAAAAAGAGGUUGAGGUGACAAAGGACAGCAAAGUGAACGUUACUCCGUCUCGUAACCUAAUAAAUGGUGAGGCAUCGACUGUUGUAGAAGGUGCAUCUUCUACACCCACAGAAGAGGAGGAGGAAAAGUGUCUCUCUUCAGCGUCUUCCAUUCCGUCAUGGGAUGACGAGCGUGAGUCUCAGACAGGCGUCUCGCUGCAAGAGUUCAUUACAACUCUCCAAGUGAAGGGUCGCAAGGGAUUGUACCAGGAGUAUGCAGCGCUUAAGUCUAAGGAACCAGAAGGAACAUUUGAAACAGCAAGGUUAAAGCCAAAUCAAUGCAAGAACCGGUACACAGAUGUCUUGUGCUACGAUCACAGUCGUGUGGUGCUCUUAUUAAGGGAUGAAGACCCCUGCUCAGACUAUAUCAAUGCCAACUUUGUAGAUGGCUAUCGACAGAAGAAUGCCUUUAUAUCUACACAAGGACCACUGCCGAAGACAUACAGCGACUUCUGGCGUAUGAUAUGGGAGCAGCAGUGCGUCACGGUCGUCAUGACGACCCGCACUAUUGAAAGGGGGCGAGGGAAGUGUGGCCAGUAUUGGCCUCGUGAGGACGGUGGCACGGAUGAGCUGGACGGGUUUCGAGUGACAAACGUUGGUGUUGAGCAAAAGGCGGAUCACAUUGCUACAGAGUUACUGCUCGUGCACAAAGAGAGUGGAGAAUCUCGGCAAGUGAGCCACCUGCAGUUCACGAGCUGGCCAGACUAUGGUGUCCCAGACUCUGCGGUCGCUAUGCUGACAUUCCGUGCAGCUGUGCGAGAGAGGCAGGCGCAGGCUGUCACAAGGAUGGGCUCCGAGUGGCAAGGACAUCCUCUGGGACCCCCUAUCGUCGUCCAUUGCAGUGCUGGCAUUGGCAGGACAGGAACGUUCAUCACAUUAGACAUAUGCAUCAACCGCCUGGAAGUAACGGGACGCGUUGACGUCCAUGGAACUGUGGAACGCAUUCGGGCACAAAGGGCAUUCAGCAUACAAAUGCCCGACCAGUAUGUCUUCUGCCACCUGGCACUGUUGGAGUUUGCCCUUCUCCAUGGGCUUCUCAAAGAUGUCGACUUAGAGGGCUUCGAAGACGACGACCGUCCGGAGUCCGAUUCUGAGUGAAAGGAGGUACCCAGAUGAAUCGCAGUGCUUUGUUUGUAUCGGCGAUAUACUUGCGCAGCAAGUACUGUGCCAAGGGGCGGGACGUUUCAAGACGGUGGCUGCGGUUGCAGAACUCAAGUGUUCCAAAGAAAAAGGGGGUCUGCACGUAUGUAACUGUGGCAGGUGGUAUCAGUAGAGAUGAAAGCACAUCAUAAGGUAUAGGCUCUUAUGGUGUGACAGCUCAACCAUGCAGCUUACUGUGGAUGCCAGCGACAAACACCCAUCUGACAAGAAGCAUGGGUAAGGCCCUUCUUUUUCUGCUGCGACAAAUCCUGAAUUCCGCGGCAAGGAACUAUGGUUUCUGCAUUUUUCCGUGGUAAAAGGCAGAUUGCCCUAGUUCAGACAGAAAAUACUCUCUGGUAGCUCUUAGCGUGGAGGAACGCAGUUACAACUCCAAAAACUGUUGUGACUUAGCAUAACAAGAUACAUUGUACUUUCUUCUGAAAGGGAGUGACGUUUGUCACUGACUGUCAAGUUGUGCUUGCUAAGUGACCUCUCUGCAUGUACAGAGUUUACUGUCACACAGAGGUACUUGACAGCUAUAGACACCAAAGCAGGGGUCAGCGUUUGCAUUCCACUCCAGAAUCCCAAUGUGUUAGAGGGGUGUUCCAGCACGCAGAUGGGGCCAUACCACGGCUUUUUCCGGCUGCCACAUCUACGCUGUAACGCAAGCCGACCCGGUGCGAGCAAAGUCCGUUCAUCUCGCGCAUAAACUGAUUUAAGCACGCGGUUUCUGCAAAAUUCUGCGCAAAACCUCAUAUUCCGCGGCAGACACACAAUUCCGCGAAUUUUUGCAGAAUCGCGGAAUCGCAGAAAAGGAAGGGCCUUAAGCAUGGGGAAAGUCAUGUGUAGUGCUGUGUAUCUCAACCUCAUUCAUUUUUCCUUUUAUAAUGGAAUCAUAGACUUCAAAAUUUCAAAUUUUGCUCUUACAAUACCACACAUUUGUUGUCCGGCAUUUGUCUGACCAUGCAUCUCGAAGGGUCGUGAUGGUCAUACAGUUUGUGUGCACAGUGUUGCCGUGCAGCUGACAGCAAUUGAGCAGCAUGAAAUCUUGGACAUUUAGGGUUUUUUUUUCUUAUUCUUUUUUUGCUAGAGCAUCAAGCCCUUGGGAAUCAUACUGAUUAACCCCUGUUCAGUGGGCGUAAGCUUGACUUUGCGUCUUCAGUUCAGGAUGCAACAUAAAUACAUGAUGUGCUACCACAGCAAGACCUCAUUGCCGCUUUGUUUGGUAUGGUACAGAUCCCUGCUGUUGAAGGCACUAAAAAUUAGAGUGGGUCUGUAGUUAUGUCGUCAGUCUUACAUUAAUUGAUGAAUGCAAGCAAAUUUGUUUUGCUUAACAAUGUUGUGAUCUUGCUUGCUAAAAACAUUUUUCAAAUCCUACCUCUCAAAUCUGGGAUUUUACAGAUAGGUGCUGUAAGCAGUUUCUGUUGUGAUACAAGGUUUGUACACAUUCUGUUGAGAAUUGUCCUGAUAAACAGUCAGGCACGUUUCAAUAUGAUCUGCUGUUGACUUCGUAGUGACUUCGCAUUGGCUUGCUUCAUCUGUAAUAAUAAUCCAAAGUCAAUGUCAUACAUAAUUAUUUAUUCAGUAUUCCAAGUUGAAUCACAGUGUUACUCAUGAAAUUGGUGGACCCCAUUGAUCGGUGUGAACCACAUUUUCCAAAGUGUCUGGAAUGCCAGAGGUCCCAUGAUGUCCUCUGCCAUGUACGAGGCCCUAAAUGUCAUAAAAAAUCUCAAACAAGAAAAAUUAACAUUUGAUUGCCAAGGCCUUAAAAAGUGGUCCCUGGUGCUAGUGAAUCUCGCUACCGAAGAAUACCCACAUGGAAGAGAUUUUUGUAGUAGUAUUGUCUUCAAUGUAUUUGAACCAUUUUGAAAUGUACUACUGAGAUGCUAUACAGUGAAGACUGUGCAUAGUCAACCCAAUAAUAGUGAAAUACCGGAUACACUGCCUUCUUCGAUAGGAAAAGCCACACUUCCAUUGAACUUGAUUUAUUUGUACACUUUAUUUCUACACUUACAGUGAACACCCUGCAGUUAGUGUGUAAUUGUCGCAGGCAAGGCGCUUGAACUCGUGAAAUUAUGUUAAGGUAUGAGAACCUAAACUGAGUAAACUAGGUAAAUAUAAAGGAGCUUCACCUAUGCAUAGCAGACAACCAACACACACACACACACACACACACACAAAAAUUGAUUUGUAAGGCAUGCUUUGCCUGGCACAUCGUCUUUCUUUGUGCUUUAGGUCGAGCUGAUGUAUGUACAGAACCGCAGUGCAAACAAAUUGAUUGCUGACAUCUCUGACACGUAAUUUUGAGCAGCAAAAUGUUCUUUAGCAGGGUGUUAUGUUCACGUUUAUCAACCUCUUUCUUUCUCUUCUCUUUUGUAGCAUCAGGUGGUUGAUUAAGGACAGUCUACACUGUAUUAAGUUGACGUGAUGAUCUUCCCCGAAAGAGGCACUUUGCUUCCCCUGUCGUUGUAGAUGAACAGUGCUACAAUUCAGUUAUCUCGCUGUCAAGCUGGAGAUUAUCAUAUUGUACUAGGUGUUUUAUUUUUGUUAUAUUGCUCGAUACCCUUUGUAUCGUACUUCUUUUCAUGUGCUUAAGGCCGGAAUUUGGGGAAAUGGACAAAGAGGAGGAAAUUGCACCUGCAUUUCAUAGCUUAUAUCUAGGAACGGAGAAAGGUGCAGUACAUCAUUGCAACAGGAGUGGAUCUCUGACGUUAUAUUUGCAGACAUGGAUAACUGUUCAACAAACAUUGCAACAGGAGUGGAUCAGCUGUUAUACUGCAGAUGGUUUUGCUCUUGAAACCAAAACAACAUACCCAAUGGUGAAAGAUGAAAGUGUUUGAGGCUUUGUUUGUGUCUGUCCCUUCUAUGUUGUUCCAGCCUCAGAACAUCAGUUUAUCUCAUACCCAAUGGCUUCAGCUUUGCUUCUUUUAUUGUUACUGUUUAUUAGUUCCUUCGAUUCCAUUCCAUCGGCGAGUGACAAAGGCAAAAAAAAAGUAACUAAAUCUACUCAAAGUGCAUAAAAUCUGCAAUGAGUGAACAGCUGAGCAGGAAGCUGCCAUCAUGAAAGACUCAUGAAAGUACUUUGGUGGGUACCUUCCAUAAGUCUGAAAGCUUCAUAUGCAAAGUUUACCCACUGCAAUGUACAUUGUUGUAUGCAUAACAAAAAAGGGGUUUGCUGGGGUCAUCUGUAGGGUCAUCCCACAUCAGUUUGUUAAGACGUGCUUGGCUUUUUUUGCUUCUAGAUGCUGGCAGCAUGCUAGAGGCGAGUAUGAUCAUAGGACGAUGAAUGCUGUUUCUGAUUAGUGACAUAUCCAUUGCCAUAUCCACGUUGCUUUUAUUUUAAGAAUGCCUUACUAUAGCAGUCAUAUUCUCAAGUUUUUGUAUCCUCUGAAAAUGGUCAUUGUCUAGUCUAUCCAAUCUAAGUACGUCGUGUGUUGCUGGCAUGUAGAUACAUGUAACAUCAAUUGAGCAUUAAGUAAGUGUACAUAGCAAGUGUUGCCAAUCUAUGCGAUCCAUAUUGUGCCACCAUAGCUGUGCCAUUGGCCAUUGCAUCCUGAAUACAUGUCAUUAGGUUGUCCCUUUUUUUUUUAUGUGGUUGCACAUAAUUUGGGUGCGUAUACUUUCAUUUUUUCAGUGAGCUUUCUCUUUUACUCAUACAUGUAUAUUUAUACCUGAGGCUUUGUUCUAGCUUUGUAAAAUAACAUGUAAGGUUAGAGUGUCAAACUUCCUUUGUGCCAUCAACAGCAGUCAUGAAAUUAAGCACAAGCAUGGCGUCAUUCUUUCCGUAUGUGUUCUUUUGCAACUGGAGGAAAUUUUGACCCACCUUGUGUGCAUAAACCCUGGGCCUGGUAAUUCCAGCUGUAUUCCAUGCUCUUGCCAACAUAUUCAUGUGAUUACAAUGUACAUAUAAUUCAGGUUCACACUGCAGAUGUUCUACGCUGGUGAACAAUCACAACUGGCAGUAUCAAUGCACAUAAAGGUGUCUGCAGAACAUGCAUACUUUUCAUAGGAAAGUCAUUACCUAACCAGCUGGAAAAUGUGUGUGUGUAUGUGUGUGUUUGUACAUUGUCGGUUGGUGGGAACGUGCUAAACUUGCCAUGUGCAGACAGCAUGUCCAAUCUCAAACAUCACCUGAUGUGGUGUCUUCAUUCCUCUUCUUGCAUUCCUCUAACGAUAUGUGUAUGUACAGGAAUUAUAAUACAGACCCAUGAAGCAUCCGUUCUCCUAUGCCUACCACUUGCUGCACUGAAACCACGAUGACCUCACUAUCAUAUUGAUGUACUACCUGUGUAACCGCAUUGUGUAUCAGAGUUAGGGUGCCAGACAUUUUACAGUUGUGUGUACUUCAAAAAUGCCCUGUAUAGUAAGAAGUAUACAGAACAAGCAUAAGUGAGUCAAACCGCGUUCCAAACAGUCGUUUGCCAAAAGUGAUACCAGUGAUUUAAAAAAUUAUACCAGUACAAACUUUGCAUGCUGCAGCAUAGCAUUUCUGUUCUGCAAUGCUGUUUUCCCUGUUACUUGCACUUCCAUCUUGAUCAGCAUCAAGAAUUGCUUUGGAAUUUGGCCAGGCCUAUUGCUGUACCUGGAUGGCAUUUGUGAAGUUUUACUUGCCAGUUUUAAUUAUAGCCAAAUUACAAGGGCUGUGUGAAUAUUCAAAAUAUUUGGACUGAAUAACACAAUUGGAUAUUUGAUAUUUGGUUGAGAUACUAUAUGUUGACUGAUAUUUCUAAGGUAUUACUAAUGUAUUAGAGUCCUCGAACUCUCAAGGCUUGUACACCACAUAGUUGCAGUUUGGAGGAGAUAAAUUUCCUGGAUUUUCCAUUUCUGUGUGUGUCGCAUUGAGACAAAUGGAACCUAGUGUGAUAAAAUCUGCAACUCCCACAGCAAGUCCGUUGGCUCGCCCUACUGACCAGUGCUUGCAUAUCGUAUGCCAUUUCUUUGGGGUUGUACAACAAGAAAUGACAUCAGCAUUUGUUCUAGGAGCCUUAAUAGUACAACAUAUUGCACCGCAUCAAACAACACAUUAUCAGUGGUGACAAAGCACAUCCAUCCGAGCGUUAGUCACAGCUACUGGAACUUGUUUAUUAACAUUUUCCUUGCUUUCUUGUGUCAGUGCUUCACGAAGCCUCAGGGAAAGUCCAUGAAGUGAUAACAUCAUGCAGCGUAACAUCAUGUAUACGAAAACCUGAAAGAAUAUCUUGCAAGUCAAAAGGAAUAACUGAUUUAUUGUACAACAGGAAGCUACUGAUAAGGGUGAAUACAAUAAAGAGAUAAUAGAUUUAGAUUACUAGCAAAUCUAAAAAACUAAGACAGGCUUUAGGUCGCAUAGUGCCACACAGGAUAUUUUCACUAACUAGUUUUGUGUGCAGCAUAUGAAGCAUAUUUGACAUCUUAUGAUAGUUAAAAAAAAUUGUUCAUUGCAUUUUAAACAAAAUUACUCCUCAAUCCAGUCAAAGAUUUUGAUAUCUGCACAGCCCCAGCAGCAUGAAUUUCAAAAACUCUGCCCAAACAGUCAACACUAUCUCCGAUUUGCCACACUCCACAUGAUGCCCGCUUUGAGCUGGAUUCAAAGUGUGCUUUUAGGAUAGCUAUAUUUCUACUUAAAUCGCAACCAUGGCAAGUUUGGUACUGUACAUGUGCUACAUACAAUUGUAGUAGGCAUAGCUAAUGUAGAAUGCGUGCUCUUCAUGCAUCAUAACUAUAAUUAUAAUCUCUGACAUUGUCCUAGUCAUGUGUACAACUUGGUCGCCUGUACCGAGCUGUAUCUCUUAAUGUAACAAAUCGUCAAUUUGUAACUACUGUAUGCUUACAUAAAUAUUGUGUAUUAAAUCUUUCUUGUUUCCUG